GUUAAUGAAGUGACCAAUCGCGCCUAAGUUGAGAGGUGAGACCCCCCGCCUCGAGUCUAUGCGCGGGAGAGCCGGAAGGGGGGGCGCGACUUUAGAAGGACCGUAUUGACUAAGGGCGGAAGUGACAGCGGGCUUCCGGUCAGGGCUGUGGGCGGUGUCUAGAAUAAUCUCUUCUGUUUAUUGGCUUCUUGAGUGGGUUCGGCUACCGCGAGUUCGUUCCAUUUCCGUUUGGUUCUCACGAAGCGGACUAACGAGAGUUGCUAGGCAACGACCCAGGGAUACUUUGGCUGGAGGUCGCCGACCUGCUUGGGGCGGAAGAAGGGCGCCGCCUGCGUCCUGGCUACUCCCGGAAAGGACCCCGGUUGCUGACCGCCCUGGAGCGGAGGUGACCUGGACGAGUAAAGUAUCAUCGUCUCUAGCAGCUGUGGGCCAAGGAUAGCCCAAACACAAGCCUCCUUAAAAAACUUACGUUGGGUAUUUUCCAAAGUAGAGACGUGCGUCUCGAGGUAAAUAAAAAUCGCCCUUCUGUUCAUAUGCAGGAUUUAUGGUGGGGAAUUAACAUUUGGAUUAUUUCAAGAUGAGCUUCCUGUUGCCCAAACUGACUAGCAAAAAAGAAGUAGACCAAGCAAUAAAAAGUACUGCAGAGAAAGUGUUGGUUCUCAGGUUUGGGAGAGAUGAGGAUCCUGUGUGUCUGCAACUAGAUGACAUUCUCUCUAAGACCUCAUCUGACUUAAGUAAAAUGGCUGCUAUAUACCUGGUAGACGUGGACCACACUCCAGUUUAUACACAGUAUUUUGACAUCAGUUACAUUCCAUCUACCGUAUUUUUCUUCAAUGGACAGCAUAUGAAAGUGGACUAUGGGUCUCCAGAUCACACUAAGUUUGUGGGAAGUUUCAAAACCAAACAAGACUUCAUAGACUUGAUUGAAGUAAUCUAUCGGGGAGCCAUGAGGGGAAAGCUUAUUGUCCAAAGUCCUAUUGAUCCCAAGAAUAUUCCCAAAUAUGACCUUCUCUAUCAAGACAUUUAGCACAUUCACCACUGUUGGAAAUUAAGAGGCGGCACGCAUUGAAACAGUGCCUGACUCCAGCUGUGCUGUUUUCUGGAGUCCCUCAGAAACACGUUCAGUGUCCCAACAGAGAAAAGGUGUGACUUGUGUGUAAGAUGUCCGACUCCCAAGCAGAAGACUAUCUGGCGCUCCCAGGUCUGGAAGGCUGAGCAUCUGUUCUCUACAGGCCUCCAAGGAAUCGAGGCAACAGUGUUCAUUUUCCCCAGGGUGAUUUUUCUAACUUCCUUUAAACAGUGCUUUUCUUUGUCCCUCAAGAUGAUGCAGAAUCCUCCUAGACGUUUCUAGUACAGUUGACUUAGCCAUGUUUAUCUGAUGCACAAGUAAAUGGAAAGUCAGUCCUGUAAGAGCAAAGCACUUCUUUUCUAUUCUGGAUGUGCACAUGUACGUGCAAACCCUUGCCCGUUCCUCCACUCAUAUCCCUCACGCUCCCCCAGCUCCAGGCCUUCCUACUUCAGUUUCUUUUGGAAUAGUAAUUGUCUACUAAUAGUAGGCGUGUUUUUUUGUUGUAGUUUUUUGUUUUUGUUUUUGUUUUCCCUGGAGGCUUUUGAACUGAGACUUUCAGAAAUACCGUCCUGAACCAGGCACAGAGGUAGUCCCACCCGGUCACUUAAGAGGCUGAAGCAGGAUUGCUUGAGCCUAGAAGUUCAAGACCAGCCUGGGCAAUAAUGAGACCCCAUUUGACAAAGCAACCAAACACUGUCUUGGUUGUCCUCAGUAACAUAAACUAGAUUUUUUGUUAUUAAAUUGCCCAAGAAGUAAGAACUUGAAUAUCAUUCAGCACCCAAUUUGAGCUAAACAAAGACUUAAUUACUCUUAGUAAAUAAAGGUUUCACAGAAGUCAGAAUUGCUACCUCUUUCUGAGGCAGAAAAUUGUAUUUCAUGGGCUCAAAACUUAAAGUCAGAACUUUUAGAGAAAGUAUCACCUUUAUGGGAUUUGCCAAUCCCAAUGACUUUACAAAGAAGCUGUGCUCUUCAGAGUCCUCCUGGCACAACCUUGGCAGUUGACUGCUUCUCUCAAGCCUCACGGCAGCUGUGAGUACUGACUUUCUAGAAUGAGAUAAUAGACCCUGAGCUAUAGGAAGUGGACCUGCUUGGCAGCACUGCCUUCUUUACCAGCACAAGCCCAGUUCUGUUCAGGGCAGUCAGUACUAUCUGUCUGACCCCUUUGCUAGGUGCUUCCCUCCAAGAUUGUCUCGCAGGAGGGAUAGCCAUGAGACUUAGUUCUAGCUAAUGUGGCACAGAAGAAAGACUGCUGGGGGUUUUGUGUGUCCUUUGCUGAUAAAAGGAGAAAACAGCUCCAGGAAUAAAGCAAAACAAAAUCCUUUCUUUUUUCUUUCUUUUUUUUAAGCAAAACAGAAUCCUUUCACUACCACCUGUCUUUUCUCCCUGACUUCCCACUUGGUUUUAACCGUGAUGCAUGAAACUGUAGCAGCCAUUCUUAGGCUCAGGAGGUAACCAGCAUCAAGAUGAAAAAAUAAUAUGCUGAGAAGAGCAAUGAAAAGGGUCUGACCCCUGGUGAUAUUAUUGAGUUCCUGAGUGAACUCUAGAUCCACCUCCCUCGAGACUUCAGUUUACGUAGGUCACAGUUGGUCAGGUUUUCUGUUCUUCACAGCCUCAAUCACGCAGUAUUUGAUGUACGAUAAGUAUUUAAAUACCACCAAAAACUCAGAAGUUGCAUGCUAAAAUUCUCAUAUCAUCAUCUUACUAAGGGCUUUAGGGAAUCUAUCUCUGAAGUCCUGAUUUUUAUCUUAAUUCUUUCCAUCCCACAAGUAUUUAUUGAGUACAUUCUGGGUGCCCCAUCUGACACUAGCUGCUGCACAAAUAUAACUCAUGGUCAGAGAAGAAGGUUUCUGAGAGGAGGCAAUGCCUGAAUCUUAAGGGAGAGUAGAAGGUCCUCGUGCAGAAAGGGGAGAGGUAUAUCAGCAGAGGGACCCAAGGGAAAAGGCCCGGGGAUGGAGGCAGCAGAGAGAACUCAGACUGUUUCUGGAACCCAAGGAGGAGGCCAGGACAGCAAGAGAUACCAUAGGGAGAAAUGUAGAGAACAUAACAUUGUUUUCCUCCUGAGGAGUGACCAGAAACCACUUAAUACAACCAGAUAAUUCUUUAGGAAACUGGGAUGGUUUCUUCUUCCAGAAAACUUAAUGCUGAAGAUAUUAUCAAAAGAAAAAGUUACAAAUAACUGCAAUCUGAGAGGCAUUUUGUAAGCAUUUAACUAUAUAAUUUUCAGUUUCUGUCUGUUAUUUCUUUCAUCAGUUCUAGGAUAUAGGUCCAUGUCUCCAUUGCUCCUCUAUUUCUCACCUGUCAAAAUAUAUCAGUGGGUCUUGCCGGGUGCUGUGGCCCAUGCCUGUAAUCC